UACACGUUGAACAGAGACACGAACGCCGUUGCGCCCUUUAAACAAAUGGUUGUCCAAGUAAAUCCGCCCACUCGCCACUACAGCAAAACAAUGGAAGGAAGUCAGCAAAAGGUGGAGGCUAAUGUCUUACUACUUGGAGCUGAAAGCGUCGGUAAAUCUGCUCUCACGGUGCGGUUUCUUACUAGAAGGUUUAUCGGCGAAUACGGCGAUAUUGAAUCCAUCAACAGUCAUACUGACCGGAUAGACGGACGGGAGAUCUGCUUCAAUAUCUGGGACUCGCUUUGCCCCCAGAAUGGUGAGGUCGCGGGACACAUCAGCGACAGACAACUCCAGUGGGCGGACGGUUUCAUCCUGGUUUACAGCAUAUGUGACCGUGCCAGCUUCAACGUGGUGCGGCAACAGGUGCAGCGCGUCCAGCAAGCCAAAAGCAAAUUCCCCGGCGCCCCUCCCAUCAUCAUCGUGGGGAAUAAACGUGACCUCCAGCAUCGCCGCACCGUCUCCAGCGAGGAAGGACGCCUCCUCGCACUUUCCACAGACUGUGGCUUCUUUGAGAUCUCUGCAGCGGAGACAUACCACGAGGUACAGCUGGUAUUUCACGAACUGCUCGACCUUAUCCGAGAGGCGAGGGCGCUCAAGAAGGGGGCAGCUGGGAUCAAGGGUAUUGUGAGAAGCAUGUCCGCAGUUUUCGGAAGGAAGAGGACUGAGUAGUUCCAAUAGCCUAAUACGAGAGACAUUGAGAUGUUACUGUAGUUAUGCAUCUAAACGGCCCAGGACUUGUCCAUGUGUAAAGUGGAUGGUUAUGUUUCCAUAUUGGAAUAGGUCAAUGCGCAGCGCUAUGAUGUAGGCCUAACUGAACACAAGCCGGUUGGAUUGUUACUCAAAUGAGAUGACUGACAAUCAAAUCCUGUCAAACUGACAUGGGCCUUUGGACAACAUACUUACUGCAGAAGAAGUACUCUUGAGUGACUAUGAGGUCAGGUGGCCUAAAGUAGCAUUACAUGCCCUUAAAUUGCCAACUUGUUAGAUUGCCAUGUAACAUGCCAUACAAUUGCCAACUGUAAUGCAGAUGGUCUCUUGUUUAAAUGCCUGGAAGAAGUAUUGUGGAAAACCUAUGUGCAAUAGACAAUUUAUUUCUCUUCACAAAUCUGUAUCAGCAUGCAGAAAGUUCUAAGGGUCAGGCCUGCUUGGUCUUAUCAUUGGCACAAUCCCUUUUUGGACUAUUGACAAUCUAUGCAAGACAGACAAGCGAAUGUGUAGUAUUAUAAUGGUGUGAUCAUUAAACUUGCUGUCUUAGUUGGUAUACAUGUAGCCUCCAGUAGCUUUGCUGCGUUUCCAUCCAUGGUACCUACAUCAAUCACACUUCAAGGCAUCUUGAAAGGCCAGCCAGUUGGGGACCAUUCUCUGUUCAUCUUUAGGACGUUAAUUAAUGUCAAUACCCUCUAUUGAGUGUGCUGUACAUUUUACAUCUUUGAAGAAUGCCGAGGCCUACUUGACUUUUAUAUAGGGGUGUUAAUGCAGUGGGCAAACUUCUUGUCUAUUUCAAUAGCCUACUACUGAUUCCUAUCAUGUUUUUUUGGUAACUUUUCAUAAACUAUGAAAACUGAAGUCAUGUUUGUUAUACAAGUCAUUAGACUUUAACUGUACAAAGUGUGCAUACCACAGAACUUGGUCCUACGAUUUCAAAAUAAAAUGUGAAAUUAAUGCUUAA